UUAGAUUUAUACUGGCAUAUAAUCUAUAGUAGACUAGUAUUUGUUUUCUAUCAUUUCCAUGUAUGUUGCACGGAGCUGAAACUGAUAUUUCGCAUGUCUUUCAGCUCCUUGUCAAUUCGUCAACAUUGCGCGCGGCUUUAUUAUCGAAAAAAAUAUUGUGAAGGGAAUAUUCAGUUUGUUCAAGGACGAAACCACAGCGCUCUUUGCCCUUUGGCAUUUUACAGAUGAUGUAAAGUACUAUGCUCAACUUUAUUCGGUAAUUUCACGAAAACUAGGUAGCCUACUACGGACAUAGGCCUAUUACUGCAUGUUAAUCAAAUGAUCGUAUACGGCGUACAUGCAACCUGUUAAUUCACCAUCCUACAGUUAUGCCGCCUGAUGCUCACUAUUACGUAAGAAGUACAUUGCGUGUCCCCACCACCUGUUGCACAGGGGCCCCUCAAUCAUUAUCCAAGGGUACUGUAGGGUAGGCCCUGCCUCUGCCACUUUCCCGUGUUGCUCAAAUGCACUCUGUCCUCAACUGUCCCAUUGACACAGUGACUACAGACACCGAUAUAACAUAACAUAUCACAGGUAUGCUGCUUUUGUAUAUUCGCUGCUUUGUGCUCAGCAGGAUUUUUUGCUUUGAUCAUACUUUUUUUGCUCCCUUAUUGUUUGAGAUUGUUUUUAAUAUUUGAUAGCACAGCAAAGCUAUGCUGCUCAGCUCAGUCACAGCCACAUAAGUGCUGAUGAGGCAAUCCUGUUUUGCACAGCACCUUUUAAAAUAUGUCCCUGUCCCAGUUGGGCUGUCAUAGUUUUGUAAUUUCCUUUGCUGUUUGGGUCUCUUCAUGGGAUUUUGAUACAUGUUUAGUCCCAUCUGUCUGUGGUUACCGGGGAUGGCGUGUGCAGCAGUGAGAUGGCGAUGAACUCACAGAAUCCCCUGUGCCUUUCCUGGUCUGUCUUGUGAAAGGCUUCUUUAUCUGUUGAAGAGCUCCUGAUAGUCGGACUGGUUUACUCAUCAAUGGUCUCCUAACAGGCAGGGCCACAACAAACCGUCAACAUACUUAAUUGUUUUAUGUUCAAUGUGUUUUUUUAAUGCACCAUAUGAGUCCAUCCCACUGGACACACCACAUAAUUUCAAUGUGUAAAUGUGGGUACUAUUUGGUUGAGACGUUGAUCAAUGAGAUUUCAACCUUUAUUCACCCACUCAAAAGUUUGUUGAUAUGCGGAUGUGUUAUCACUAUGCUUUCAACCAUCUAAAAGGCACAACUAAAUUCCAAUGGAAAAACAAUGUCAGAUGUUUUGCUUUAUUUUGUCAUCUAAAUGUAUUAUCUGCGCUUUCAACCAUUUUAAAAGCACAACAAAGUUCAAAUGGGAAUACAAUGUCAGAUAUUUUGAAUUUAUACAACAAUUUGUUCAAGAUUCUAUGCAGAUUAUUACAUCAAUUGUGAAGAUCUCCACAGACCUGUGACCUUUGCAUGCUAUCUUGAACAUGUACGCUUUCUAUGAUUACAUACGAAGUCAUUUAUAGUUACAUUAGGCUAACCUAAACAUGUGGCCAAGAAUGUGCUACUCAUUUUAAGGUUGAAUAAAUACUGUUACAUUCGUUUGUAAAAUGGCCUUAACUUUAGGCUUUUUACUGUAUUGUAACGACCCUGGGUUUAUAACCGCGGAUAUCGACUGUGCUCACGAGCUUGCUUUUGCGGCACACUUGAUAGUGCGCCGGACCUCGGGUUAGAGGGUAGAGGGUUCGAGACCUGCUCCCUGCCUGUUUCAUUACAGUAUUUAAAAAAUAUUAUUGAAUUGUUUUUGGUUGACGCAGAAUAGUUUCAUCUGAGCCACUGGCUUAAUCAUAUUCUUUAACUUUUAUUUUGGGUUUAGUUGUAGACGUGAAUCCAACAUAUCAUAUUUUUUUUUACUUGUCGACAAGUUAAUAGGCUAUUUAUUGUAUUGAAAAAGUGAUAUUGAGUUGUGUUUGGUUGUCAACAGAUUCCAGUUUGUCUACAAAUGAAAACGUUAAUGUUGGAUUCACAUCUCCAUCUCAACCAAUAAUCAAACUUAAAUAACAGGACUAAAUCAAAUCAAACUUUAUUUAAAGUACAUUUGUGGAUUCAUUUGAUUUAGUGCUGUUCUUUAACUUAUAUUUUUGGUUGAGCUGGAGAUGUGAAUCCAACAUAUCAAUUUGUAGACAAACUGGAAUUAAAGCCAGACUAAGUGUCACAGAUGGAACUAUCCACACAGAAGAUACAUCUCCUUAAAAUGCUCAUUUGGUUGUGUUGACAACAAAUUAAUAAUGUAUAUGUUGCAUUCACGUCUUCAUCUCAACCAAAAAUCUAAGUGAUUUAACCACUAUGUGCCUUGUGGGGUGACAUAGGACUAUGUCCUUGCCCUGAGAUUAAAAGUGGUAUCUGGUAGGCAGAGGAAAUGUCCACAAAAUGUAUUGCUUUUCCACAGUAGUUUUUAACAGAUUACCUCCUGACUACAUCCAUUCUGUUUUCUCUAUGUUUAUACAUAAUGUAUUAUGCAGUCCAUCUUUGAGCCAUCUUCCUAGUUUUCCUCUUGGAGCCAGCAGCAGGUGGUCCACACCCAUGUCACUCCCUCAAAGCCGGAAGCCCUCUGCAGGACAGCGCAGGCGGCCAGUGGCCACUAGCAGUGGGCGCCAUUCCUAUAGCGAUGCCUCCAAUGCCAACACUUACCCCGGCAGGGCUAGUGAGGGUAGUCCUACAGCCCGGACAUAUCCUGGCACACCUAAGCAUCAGGUGAAGCAUGCAACCUGCAGUGAUAACCAUGGGAUUUGGCCCCCCACACCAGAGCAGUACCUCACCCCGCUGCAGCAGAAGGAGGUGUGUAUCAGACACCUGCGAGCCAGGCUGAGCGAGAAUGUCCAGAGGCUGCAGCACAGGGACAGUGAGAUAGCUGAGAUGAAGACCCAGCUGUGUCGGAUGCAGGAGGACUGGAUAGUGGAAGAGUGUCACCGUGUCGAGGCCCAGCUGGCUCUGAAGCAGGCGCGCAGGGAGAUCCAGCACCUGCACGAGGUCGUGGAGACAGUACGAUCAAACCUCGGCACCCCAGAAAAAGCCCCCUAUGACAAAAAGCCAUACCUCUCACCGCAGAGACCCCGGCCUACAAAGUCCCGCUCCUGUGGGUGCUCCCCAGCCAGCACCCUGAGCCGCAGCACCGCCUACACCCGGCUGAGCAGUGAGGCCCUCUAUGUGGACCGUAAUGGAAACGCCCCAGGGCCUGACCUGCGUGCAGCGGCACAGGUAGAAAGGGGGCGGACCCACCUGCUUCUGGAGGCGGCCCUUCUGUCAGAGCAGCAAACCCCGUCUGGCCCCGCCCUGGUCCACAGCCCCUCCUCUACCAUGCCACGCUCCUCCACCUACGAGAGGCUGUGCAGUGGAGGGGCUGUGCUGCCCGUCUCCCACUCCUGCCAAUCCCUGAGUAACAGCUGCAGGUGCAGUGGACACACCUACCUCCCUCAUCACCACCUCUUCCUUCACCUCCCCCAGGAGGAGCCCUCGGCUGCAGUGGCGGCGGCUGCUGCUAUCCCCGUGAGGGAGGCAAAACCAGAGGUCCGAUCCCAGGCCUGCAGCCCCAUGACCUGGGUCUCAGAGGAAGGAGGGGGAGAGGAGCUGAGCAUCAUCUCUCUGGCAACAACCAACAUCACCCCAGCCUACUCAGAGCAACAGCUGUUCCCUCCCUCCUUGUCUUCCUCCCCUCCUCCCCAGCUCUCCUACAACCUAGAUCCACUGUCUCUAGAUGGCCAUGUGGAGAUGCCAAUGAUGCCAACAGUGGCCCAAACCUGCCAGCCCAAGCCUGGGCCAAUGUUGUCACCAGAGAGGCAAGGGUGUAGGUGUGACAGGGGUGGAGGAUGAAGAGAAGGGUGAAGCUGUUGAGGCUGUUGAAGUUGACGGUGAAAACGUUGUGGGGGGGGAAGAGGGGGUGGACGGUGCUCCACAGCGGAACUUCUGGAGCCGAUACUUCCUGGUGGACCUGUUGGCAGUGGCCAUGCCGGUGGUGCCAACGGUGGCCUGGCUGUGUCAUAGGACCCCGCGGGAGGUCAUGCCUGUGUACCACAUCGGUUCUCUGCUACGGGGUUGCUGCGCUGUGGCCCUUCACUCUCUGCGACGCGGGGGACGUGACCCCACAAGCAUGAAUGGGGCGUCCAAUAUCUGACAACUUUACUCCUUAGCCCCCUGACUUCCCUCACAGCAACCAUGCAACCCCAACCUCUAACGAGUCACAGCCAGAACAGCAAUCAGACUUUGAUUUUGACUUGAACUUAUAUUGCUUUUAAUUCUCCACCCACCACGUCUGAUUUGAGGACGACCUUGAGAUUUACAUGAUUUGUUUAUUAGAUUUGUAAUAAUGCCUAACUAUCUAGGAAAUCAAAUGCAAUAGUGAUUUGAUGGGGAAUGCGUGAGCCUGCGUGAACUUUUGCCACUGGUCUACAGUGGCUCCCAUGACUGCACAACUCAUUGCAUGUAAACCUGAGAAAUGUUCAACCCUUUGCUAUUAACUCACCCUAAACAGAACCUUCAAAUACGCACCUGCUACAUUUGAACCUCGAACACUUUGAUGUACUGUAUUCUCCGUGAAUCUUCUCGUUGUCUUUGAAAUUGGGGUGAACAUCGUUCACCUUGUUAAACAUCAGCAACAUUUUAUUUUAGAGCUAAGUCAAUGAGGGACCUGAGUGGGAGUUCAAGUUGAAUGUUUUUGAAAAAAUAAUUUUCUCAAGAAAAUAGAGAAAAGUAGAUAUGUUUGCACAACGAAUGGGAGAUUGGGAAUCUAUUACUUUUCAGGGAUCAAACGUUUAUCUUCUGGUUUCAUUAAUUGUAUUAAUAGUCCAAGGAUAAGAGUAAAAUUCUGAACAAGUCUAGCACUGUCACUAUCCAUGUCUAAAUGCUGAAAGCAAGUACAAUGCCAGCUAUGUAUGUAUUUGUUGGAAAUACAUGUUGAAUUUCAACAUUUACAAUAUUAGGAAAUGAUCAAAGAAAGAUAUUUCUUUCAAACAUUGCACAUUUUUCCACUUUUAGGACUAUACUACUUUACGUUUCAUCAAACAUUAAACAUGCAAGUCUACUUUUGAGCCACAUUUUGCCGCUAAUGCUACAGUGAUAGAUUCUCAAUUAUUCAAAUUCAGAAGUCAAAAGCAAUAAGAAAAAGCUAUGAUGAAGUCUUUACAAGGAUUGGUAAAAUUGCACAAAAAAGCUGUAGAAUACAAAGUGUAAAUAGACCUGGAUGUAUUUCUUCUUCCCUUUGAAAAUAAACUGAAAGUUGCCUUUGUCAGUUUUCAUCUAUUGAGGUCUGUUUUGGGAGAAUUAGACACAUGGGAAUCAAUAUGAAAUAAAAACAUUUGAAGUCUCUUUUUGACAUUGUUAGAACAUAUCCAAAGCUCUUAAUGAGGAAUAUAAUACAUUUUUAUUAACCAAUGGGGUGAGAGUUGACUCAUUGGGGAGGGGGGGCAAUUUUACAUAUCCAUAGUUUGCUGAUGUUCCUGACAAUGUGUGCUGUGGUACUGGGUAUGAAAAACAUUUAUCACAGAUCAAGUUUUGCUAUUAGAACAAAGGUUUUCAAUUUUGCAUUCCCUAGGUGAUUACUAAUGGAUUUCAAACAUGUCCUUAGCACUUCUCAGAGCAUCACUAGAAUUGGUCUACAGUGGAGAACCAUUUCUCAGAUACUGCACAACAGAAUAAAAACAGUGACUCAAGUAACAUUUAAUGUAGACAUUUUUUCUAUCCUAUAUAUCCUAUUUUAAAAAACACAUCAUGGUGUUAAAGGAUAUUUUUUAUUCAAACACACCAUAGGAAAUUGACCCAUUUUGUUGCUUGAGAGGAAACUAUACUUGUCAGCAUACUCUGCGAGUUCUGUACUAUAAUAAUGACCUUUAAUUACGCAUUUAUAUAUAUAUAUGGUCUUGCCAACAGAGUGUGCCAUGCUAUUCAGAGUUUCAUACAGAAAGUUGAUGCAACUGAAGAAAAUCUACAUCAAAACAUCACUAAUAUUAAUUUAAGUCAACUUCUGUAAUCCAAAUGACAUUACCUGAUCCAUUUAGGUAGUCUUUUAAAAAAUAUUUUUAAAUCACUUAUGUCCACAUUUGCAAAAAAGUUUCUAAAGCAAGGCCACUCACAGAGCCACAAGAAAUAGAUCAAAUUUAAUGUGUGUAAUGAUACUUUAUCCCAAAUGUUGCCAGUACCUACCCCUGAUGGCAGGCAUGACUUACAAAUUUGAAGU